AAGACAACCCUGAGCGGGUUCAAAGCGAGGCGUGUUCCUGAGGGUCGCUGUGCAAUCAGUUUAAUACCAGUAUUAAUUACUGUGCAAUCAGUUUAAUACCAGUAUUAAUUACUGUGCAAUCAGUUUAAUACCAGUAUUAAUUAAUGUGCAAUCAGUUUAAUACCAGCAGUAUGAACUACACCGUGCGAGACUCCACGCGAGAGGACUGCAGAGAUAUAAUGCGCUUGAUCGCGGAUUUGUCAGAGUAUGAGAAAAUGCCAGAUGAAGUUAAACUUACCCACAAAGAACUGGAAGAGGACGGAUUUUCAAGCAGCCCUUUCUUUAAGUGUUUGGUGGCUGAAGUGCCAGAGGAAAUCCAAAGCAGAGACGGUCACACGAUAGUGGGCUAUGGCUUUUAUUACUUCACUUACUGCACGUGGAAAGGAAGAGUCGUCUACAUGGAAGACUUGUACGUGAUGCCCGAGUUCAGAGGUAAAGGAAUUGGGAAAGCACUGAUGAGUCGCAUUGCACAGAUCGGACGGGCGCGGGGCUGUGUUCGGAUGCAGUUCACCGUGCUGGACUGGAAUAAGCCUUCCCUGGAUUUCUACUGCGGCCAGGGAGCUCUGAACCUCACCGCCGCGGAGGGCUGGCAGCUGAUGCGUUUCGAGGGCGAAGCCUUUGAGAAGCUAGCCCAAGCCACGAACUGAAGCGAGGCUGACCGUCAGCGUGUCUCUCGAACCGUGCAGGAGCCCUCCGAGCUCUACAGCGUGGCACCUCAGAGCCACAAGCUGAGCCGUCUGUAGAAGCCCAGUUUAGUCCCAGCUUUAUUCUGGAGUAGUCUGUUGGUCUUUUUUUUUUUUUUGUUGCUCUUCCUUUUCAAGAUGUUUUCAUCGUUGCUGUCGUCCUUUGGGGUUGAAAUAAAGUUCCCGUUGCGGAGCA